UCUCCAUGGCCCGCAUCGUCGCCGCCCCUCCAUGGUCAAAGUUUCCCUUUUUUUAUGUCGUCGAUCUGCGGGGAAAGACGAUGGCCGACGAGUCGCGGCGGGGAGGGAACUUCCCGUGCUGGAGGCGCUCGAUCUGGAGAGGCCAGAUCUGCAGCGGCAGUGCUCGACGGUUGCAUCAGUGCUGGAUCUUCUUCCAGGUGGCUUGGAGAAGCAGGCAGAUUGCGGGGAUGAUUGCAGGACGGCUCCUACAUCACCGGAGUAUAGGGAAGACGCUGCCUGCGCCUCGGAGCACCGGGCCGCCGUCAAAUUCAACUUCUCCGACCAGCACGACGACGAAUGCCACCACCUCGACCAAUCACCGAGAAUGUGUACAAGGAGCUGGUGCCUAGCACCAAGAAGCUACGCUUCUCACUACCAUACCUUGUCCUGGCUUUCCCUGUCUACCUUUGGUACAGAAGCCCUGGAAAGAACGGUUCGCAUUUCAACCCAAGCAGCGAUCUGUUCACCCCCAACGAGAGGCGUGAUGUGAUCAACUCGACCACUUGCUGGUUCACGGUGAUUGCGCUCCUCAUCGCAAUGGCGUGUGUGUUCGGACCGAUGCCGCUGCUCAAACGGUAUGCUGUCCCAUAUGCUGUGUUUGUGAUGUGGCUUGAUUUGGUGAAGUACCUUCACCACCAUGGUCACCAGGGCCUCCCUUGGUAUCGUGGCGAUGUAAGUGCUAUAUAAAUUCACUUUUUU